UUGGCAAUGCAAGUUCCAUCUUUAUUAGGCUUAGUCCAGCCUGCCGUCGCAACGGAUGACUUCCGGCCCCCGGAAAGCGUCAAGUACAUUGCUGACGCCAAUGCAGAUCAUACUAUCUGCUUCCUUCCCCUGCGGUUCGCGCACCAUUCUACAGCUCAAGCUGUCUCUCGUUUCCCUCUCAAUUCCAUACGCACGAUGGCUUCAACGCUUCGACAAAACCCCGACCGAGGUGGCUAGUGAGCCUCUUACCAAUCACGAUAUGAUGGCCAUAAUGAAGUCAACAACACACGAAAGAGGUGAAGGGAACGAUGAUGACCCGUGUAAGAACGAUGUCAUGAAGGAUGACGGGGUCGAUGAGACUACUGCUUGAAGCACAGUAAUUUUCCCAUAUUGUGCCGUCGACGUCGUAUGGUGUUGAUAAGAGAGAACGGGAAAGGGAGAGAAAGGGAAAGAGGGGAAAGUGCGGAGAUAAGGCUGACUAGCCAAAUCGAGACGCCCAGCAUUUUAUUGACUAGCCUCGUCUUACAAAACACGGAUUUGGUGGGGGACGGUCUAGCCCAAUCAGAACGAUAUGAGUGCUGAAGCAGCUUAUCUCACAACCCUGGCAAAUCCCAGCUAGGACAAUACCUAUCUUAUGCAUUACCAUCACAAUGCAACGCUCUUGGAUCGCUGAA